AAAUGAAAACAAAAUUUGAGUAAAUUGGAUUUGCGCUAAAGAAAUGAAAUAAUCGAAGUCGUCGCUUCUCAUCUAUAACCGCCAGUAACCGGAGCGUGAGAAACCGGAGAGAGGCGCGAUCUUGUAAUCCUAUUUCAUCGUCGUCGUCGUAUUAGAGAAGAUUUGUUUUAAGCUCAAUUCACUCCUUAGAUUUAGUUCGCAGAAAAAUUCUUGGGAUUUCGGUGUUUUUGACUUAUUAUCGGCGCAAUUUGAGGGCCAAUUUUGUGCGGAGGAAGUGGGGAAAUGGAUGCUGAUCCACCGGAGUUUGGGAACAUUGAUGUAAAUGAGAGUGAUAUCCACACAAUUGUUCUUUCAUAUCUUGCACACAAUUGCUUCAAGGACACGCUGGAGUCAUUCGUUUCUUGUACCGGGAUGAAGCAACCUGCUGAUCAUCUGCAGGACAUGGAAAAAAGAAAAAGAAUCUAUCAUUUUGCAUUGGACGGAAAUGCAUCCAAAGCCAUUGAGAUGACUGAAGAAUUUGCACCUGGCUUGUUGGAGGAAAAUAAGGAUUUGCACUUUGAUCUUUUGAGUCUUCAUUUUGUUGAACUUGUGUCCUCCCAUAAAACUCAGGAAGCCUUGUUAUUUGCGCAAUGCCAGUUGACUGAUUUUGGCAAAGAGCAGAAAUAUGUCAAAAAGCUUGAAGACUUUAUGGCUCUGCUUGCAUAUGAUGAACCAGAGAAGUCCCCGAUGUUCCAUCUCCUGAGCUCUGAACACAGACAAAAUGUUGCAGAAAGUUUAAACAGGGCAAUUCUUGCUCACUCUAAACUUCCCAGCUAUUCAGCAAUGGAAAGGCUAAUACAACAAACAACUGUUGUUAGACAGUGUUUGAGCCAGGAACUCGGAAAGGAUGGACAUAAACCCUUCUCCUUAAAAGAUUUUCUCAGGAGCUAGACGAACCGGUGCCUCCACCAAAGCAAUCACUGUGUUACGAGUUACAUGGAUGUGUCAACGUGAUACAGGCACGUGACGUCACCUAUGGUUACAAUGUCGUCCAUAAUGCUCUGUUAAGUUGGUUGCUCAUGCGUGGAAUCUGCAAUUACGGGGCUUGCAUAUCUUCCUAGUCCGUGUUCGGAAGGGACCCCAAUUUCAUUUCGAGGCAGUCUACGAGCUUAGGUUUUACAAGUGGAAGAGCCUUAGUUUAAAUCUUACCUAGUGUGUGUAUUCUGAAUUUAGGGAAAUAAUUUCAUCCCUAAAGCGUAUUCUUGUUCUUGGUUAGGCUAGAGGAUCACUGCUUUUCAACUAUUAUCUAGUCUGAAAUAUCAAUUUUACUUAUCUGAA